AUGUUCAUGUGCAGUGGGAUAUAUCGCCAGGAGGUAUACCUGACUGAGACAAAAGAAAAUCCAAAGGAGAUCUCCUACUUGUCUUAUCCUAUCGAGGAUGUCAAGAAGUACUCUGCUUUGGUCCAGCAACGCCUAGGAUGGAAUCAAUCUGAGCCUAACUUGGGAUGGGUCGAUCUCGCCUCCCCAGACGCAUUGCUGCUAGCUUGA